UAUAUCUCCACAUUUCCAUCCUACCGUCUAAAAACAUCCAAACCAUCUAAACUAUACGCCUAUGUCUUCAGCAUCCAAGGAAAAAACCAGGCUUCCAUAUUUCCAUCCUACUGUCUUCCCCAAUUUUGAAUUGAAUUAUUGAAGACCUCAAGAAUUACUGGAUUGGAAAUUCGUCUUCCAACUCGUCCCGUAAGUUGUCGCUCGUAUGUGGUAAACAGUGAGAGAGGCGUAUUUUUUGACUGCUUUGUUAGUUUAUACACACAUUCAGAGUUGAACAACAGAACUUCAAAGGAAUCAAAGCCCAGUGAUACGUUGACUCUGAGGCUCAAACCAUGAGCAUUAUCAGUGAGUUGUGCAAGGACAGUUGCCAAGUCAUUCGGACAAGGGUAUGAAAAUGAGUUGGAUGCACAGAACGAUACAGACAGCAGCGGGGUGUCCUCGCCUCACUAAGUUCACUUUCCACCCCCCUAAGAUGGUUGAGGUGGAGUUUGAGAAUGGUAGUUUGUAUCAUUUGUCAGCUGAAUAUCUCAGAAUUUAUAGCCCAGCAGCUGAUAGUAAGAUCCGUUCAGUUGGGGGUGAAAAGGUGAUAUGUGGGAGACGUUAUGUUGGGAUGAUGUCAGCAGAGCCAAUAGGAAACUAUGGCGUGAGGUUGCUGUUUGAUGACAUGCACAAGACAGGUAUCUUUACAUGGGAGUACUUGUUCCAUCUUGGGAGCAGCAAGUUCUCUCUCAUGAGAAAUUACAUCAAAAUCCUCAAGAAGCACGGACUAAGCCGCGACCCGCGACUACUUGUUAGAAGAACAAAGUGACUGAUAAUGUGAGUGUGGUGGAAAUCUGAAAAGAAUCUUAUACACUCACCACAGUUGAUUGAACAAGAUCUUAUAACUGCAUAUAUAUCUGCUCUCUUGCUUGAUCUCAAGUACAAAACUAAAUUAAAGGAAUGGUUUUGAGUACAAAAUCAGUAUAUGCAAGAAUAAGAACGGUACAGCCUUUUAUUAUUUUGUCUGUAUCAUUGUGGCUUAAAGAGCAAGUUUAGGGCUGCGUGUCUUGAAUCUCUUGAUUGUUAAGUAAUCUUAUUUUAAUGUUUUCCAAAUAUUGUAACUAAUAUUUUCGAAAUGAGUUUUGUAGGAACAUUUCAAUCUAUUUUGCUUGUUCCUAAUUUCCUAGACGAAAAGUGCAUAUAUAUGAAUCCAUU